CCUCCCUCACCUCUUCUUCCCCUUUCCUCCUCUUCCAGCCCCUUCCCUGGACAUGGAUGCUUAGCUCUACUUGACAUAGAGCGAGAAAGGAGCAGUAAAAGUAGAAGUAAGAUUUAGAUCCGCAUUGACACUAGCUAGUAGCGCAGGCCACUACCAGAACAGGGAGCUUCUAGCUGUCCAUCCACUGAUCCACAUAAGUUUACUGCUUGCUUUGGUUUGCUACUGAAGCUUCGAACUAUUUGAGAGAUGACCCAACCAUCCACCGUUAUCAUCACCAUCAUCAUCAUUGAGUAUCCCACCAAGAACCGCCACUAUCAAACCCUACUACCCACCGGCCGCCACAUGCAUCCAGCUCCGUCGUCUUUUGGCGAGUGCUUCCAGUUCUUCCCCGCCGAGAUGUACCACCACCACCAGCAGCAGCUGCUGCUGCAGGAGGAGGGGACCCUGGAGGCGGUGCUUUGGCAGCCGGUAACCGCUCCAGCUCCGGCGGAGCGGGGGGAGCCGGGGAAUAAUGGCGCGCCAGGGGGUGCCGUCGUCGGGGCGGCGCGGAAGAGGCCGUUCCGGACGGACCGGCACAGCAAGAUCCGCACGGCGCAGGGGGUGCGCGACCGGCGGAUGCGGCUGUCCGUCGGCGUGGCGCGCGAGUUCUUCGCGCUGCAGGACCUCCUCGGCUUCGACAAGGCCAGCAAGACGGUGGAGUGGCUCCUCACGCAGUCCAAGCCGGCCAUCGACCGGCUUGCCAACGAGACCCAGGGGGGCGCUGCCGCUGCCGCUGCAGGACCGUUGAAAGAGAAAGGGGAGGGGGCGACCUCCUCCAGCACCGGCCGCUUCGAGGAUGCGAGGGAGGAAGAGCACGACGUCAGAGAUCUGAUGAAAAGCAUCGGCGGCGAAGGUGAGCUUGACUGGUUCAUGUCGGAGGCGGCGGCGAUAGGGCAGCCGAUGGAAGGAUUGGACUAAUUAAUGAGAGCAGCAACAACGGCGGAGUACUAAUUCUAAUUACUUAAGGUGAUUUCUUGUAUAUAUUUGCAGCUGCAUGACAUAUUGAUAUGCAAACUUUGUGUCCAAUGGUGAGAUUAAUUGAUUUCUUGCAAAUCUUAUGCUCAUGCUGGGUGCGUUCUACUAAUUUUGGCAACUAUAUUUUGCUGAUGUGCUAAUUUUGAGGUUCUUGGAGUUGUCCUGUGUUUCCAGUGCUACAUGGGAAUAUCAUCCUAAGAGGUCACAUACAGUUUUGAUCGGAAGGUUUGGGCAAUCAAUUUCAGGUGAAAUUCUUGAACCAUCCUAGUAACAGCUAGCUAGUGCAAACUAAAUGUACUCAAUUUGCUCACAUCACAUAUAUUUACAAGAAUGAACUUAUGACAAAUGCAUAUACUUAGUUUCUACCUUAAUCUAGCACAACUGAUAGGUUUCCCUGAGUUAGGCUUUAUACUUCAUGCAGUAUACAAGGAUGUAUAAGCAGGUUUCAGGUCUUCUUGUUACAGAAAUGAUCUAUCUUUCUUAUCAAAUUCGGAUGGCAGUAUAUUUCAGUCAAUUAUAUAUUGGUUCAGUGUCACCUUGAGUUUGAGUUAAUUAGUUGAAUUAUCUGUUAUCCUCACUGAAAGCUAUUCACAUACAAGUCACACAGGUCUAGAGGAAGACUAAUAUAAGUAUCACAUUAAUGCAAGAGAUAUACCUGUAUCGCAUGUAUCUGAGAACGAUUAGAAAAGAAAAAGGUGCCUGUGAGCAGAGUUGUCAAAACAUAAAGCAUGUGCAUCAUGAUAAUGAUUAUAAUUAGCUAGUCUAGAAUCAUUAUAUCUGAAAUUCUGAAUAGCAUCUAUCCCUUUGAAACAUUGACUAUAAGUAUAUGAAAAGCCAACUGGUUGGUACAAAGUAUUCUCUGGAUGUAUGGCAACAUUACAAUUAAUUAAUAUAUUGUCAAACUAAACAGAAAAUUUGAACUAGCAAUAUGCAUGUACACUGGUGUGUUCAAAUAGUACACCUAGAAAGUCUACAACAGAAUAAUCAUGGGCUAGUGACACUUGAUCAAGCGGUUUCAUUAAAUGCUUCAUGUGCCUUGCCGGUCUCUCCAUUUCGUUAAUUUACUGUAUGACCAUAUUGCUGUACUUAUAUUGCAGCAUUUCAACUGACUUGAGUAGUGAGAUGUUGUAGAUAUGAAGUUCUUCCAUUUUGAUUAUUAACACACCAGAUUUUCCUCUCGCGAUGUCAAUAUGUUUAUAGGAGUGUGUACCUACUACAGAGAUAUUGAUUUUUUUUAAAAAGGUACAAUAAAAGGUCUUUACAAAGCAAAUAUAGCAGUAGAAAAGAAUAUAGCUUUUCGUAGUGUUCUUCUUUAAAAUGUUUUCCUCAUUAUACCUAUUAUUCCAUGUCCAGUUAUCCACAUGUAUAAUUAUGAAUGUCUGGGGAGCUUUUUAGCCUACAGAAGAAAAGUAACUCAUGUACCCUGUUCUUAAAAAAUAUCAAUGCUUGCUUUCUAAUAAUAACUGCAUGCGGCCUCAAAAGUUUCUUCCUUACUUAAAAAGGAAGAAUCCCGGACCCUGUUCAUCAACAAUCGGUAAUUACCUUCCUGUAGGAAAAGGCAUAUCUAGCAAUAAUGCAAUUUAUUAGGUUGAUCAAGCAAAGAAUGUACACAAAUUGGAAACCUUAUUUGUGAGACCUCUUGUACAUAACUUUCCCUCCUUGCUUAUAAGAUAGAACUACUGCAUUUGUUGGCCAGAAUAAACACAGUGACUCAUUUGCUCACACUGGUCCACUGGAAGUAUAAGAAAGAUAGGAAAAAUGUAUAUGAUCUGAGUAACAGCAAGUAAAGAAGUUGUGCGCUCAAUUAUUGAACACCUUGUAAUCUUGUACAUGAAGUCAGAAGAAUGUAGUGCCAUGUAUCAUCUGAAAGCAAACAUUGUUGAUUUUAGUCUUUCAGUAUAGUUGGUUAGCUAGUAUCAAUUCGUUUUGGCUAAAUUAACGAAAAACUUUUACAGUUUGUGGAAUUUCUCAACAAUCAGCAGCUAAAAGUUUAUUAGCACUAGUGCUAAUUAGUUUCUUAGAGGGUCUGCUGUUAAAAGUCAAAUUGACACCUCCCUAUCCUCUUUCUUUUAUAAACCAUGGAAAUGAAAACCAUAAUAAACAAUGAACAUGCAUUAUGGAGAAGGUAUUUGUGACCAAAGCUGUCAACUCAACUUGCUGAGAGUCUAGUACAUAUACUGAGAAUAGGAUGGGAACGAGAGAAGUCAGAAAUAUAUAUUCUUUAAAUUAUCCAUCCAUCUUUUUAAGCACACGUGCCAAUUCAGUUUUAUGAAGAGGUCCAAGCUUAUAAUUGCUUUCAUAAUAUUUUUCAUGUAAAAUACAUUUUGAAUGGUGACCAAUACAUGAAAUUCUUUUGUGACCCAGGCCUAAGCUUAUAAUUACCUACAUUGCUUUGAUAAUACUUUGCUUGUACAAUAUGUUUUGAAUGGUGAUUAAUACAUGAAAUUAUUUUUAUUUUGUGAUGAUGCUAAUUCAGUGUACCUUAUAGUUAUCCAUGCAGAAAUUAAUCUUGCGCCUUUUUGUCAUCAUCAUGUGUACAGAUUUUUGUAUGUAGUAACUACUGGUUCUUCAUCUAGCUAAAUUUGAAGAGUGUGAAAUAUUUGAUCCGUCUAUAUAUAUACUCUAGCUAGAUUUAGACUUGAAAGCUAGGCUCCCAUGUCAAAUAUCACAAAGUAAAGAUGGCAAAAAAUAAGCCUUUGACUCACUAAGAUAGCAUGGUGUGUACAUGAGCAAACAUACAUGUACUAAUAUAUCCAUAAGUUUUGCAGAAAAGAAGUUCUUUUUUGUUUAGGUAGUUGUUUCUACCUUAAAUGUGCAAAUAGUGGUGUCCAUUACAUUUAUGCCUAUCUAACUAUAUGUAUACUGCAUUUCAAAAAACCAUAUGUAUACUGAACAAUUCUUUUAUCUGAUGUGCUGAUGGUUUUAUACUCACUAAUUUUGGUGAGUAUAGAGACAGAGAUUGGAGAAAGAACAUUUUUGUGUGUUUGGGACCUCAGGAUAGUACUCAAGGCUGGUGUCUGUAACUCAAUACACAAAUUAUCUGUGUUUUAUAAUUCUAGGUUUUAAUGCAAAAUUCUGGAGCUAUAGACAAUCAUACUUAUUAUAUGCAUGUUUGAUAUCAUGCAAGGUCGUUUGUAUAUUGAACAUCCAUAAUUUCAUACAAAUCAUACAUACUUGCAUAAGAACGGAAUCUGUCCAUCUACUGAUGAGAUGUCUUGGAUUCGAGAUCCAGGUAUAGGAGUAAUAGAAAGAGUUGGUAUCUGCAUGCUAGGAUAAUCUUAAUUAUUAGAGGAGUUCUAGUUGGCAUUACUCUAUCAAUUGGGCAUAACGCAGUCUUAUGAACUUGAUAUUUCUCGCUCUAACUGUCUGUACUUUCAGGUUUCUCCCGAACUACGAAUUUGCAUAUAGAUAGUACGUACUAGCUGGGAAUCAGUGAGUCAGUUACCAUUAUUGUUUUUUCAGCAUUAAAUUUGGUUAGCUACAUGAAGUAACUACAUUCUGAUACAGACUUUCUGGAACUGAUAUUGUUAGAUCAUUGGUGAACUUUUCCAAGCCCGCUCAAAUUUAGGUUUGGUCCACCAUGAGCAUGAAGCCCAAGGGAAAAGAAAGGGAUUGACUCGUCCCACCAAAAUUUAGAAAUGAUCCCAUGAUACACAGCCAUGAUGAGUAGAGAGUCUAUCCCCCAAAUUAACCGUACACUUCAUAAGUAUAUGUAGGUUCAUACUUUAUAUUUUGCAUGGAAAGACCCGAAAGGGAUUCUAGCUAAUCCAGUUUAUUAAAACUGGAUAUUGAUCUUGUCCCUCCUCUGGCCUUUGCUAGUUGUCAUAAAAUCGGCCUAACCAAGAUAUGCCAAGAUAGGUUCUAUUCCUAUUACUUUCUCCAAAUAUGCCAUGCAACACAUAUAGAAAUGUGUUCCCCAGCACCUAACAAAGAGUCCUAUAUAGCCAGCCUUGAAUUAGAAACAAUAAUACAACAUCAAGAUUGAUAUGAUCGUUAAAAAAUUUAUGGUGAGCAAAAACACUAUUGACAUAUUUCAUCACAUAAUGGAGUGUAUUUUACGGGCUUAGUUCCUAGCUAAUUAGUGUAUGUGGAUGAAAUCAGGUGGAUAAUUAAUCAGAUUCCUUAGACAAUGCAUGGGCGCACCAGGAGUACUCUUAAAUACACAUGAUAGUGCAACAUUUCUAGUACAUGGAACUGGAAAAAUAAGAAUGAUACACAAUACUACUCGCAUAAAAGUUUGAUAAACGGAAGCUGCAGUAUAUAAAGACAACAAGAAGAAAAAGGUGAUGUACUAUUCGCAAAAAAAGAAAGAAAAAGGUGAUGUACUGUGGCUAUCUAGCAUCAGAUUAACCCCAAAUAUGCAAGUAUCUUAAUUUGGCAAUUAUUUUCUAUUUUUUAGUAUAUUUGGUU